AUCAGCAGCAAGCGCUCAAGCAGCUUCAAACGUGCUAUUGCCAACGGGCAGCGAGCCCUGCCCCGCGACGUGCUGCUGGACGAGACCGGUCUAGGCUUCUACAAACGCUUCGUCCGCUACGUGGCCUAUGAGAUCCUGCCCUGCGAGAUGGAUCGGCGCUGGUACUUCUACCAGCACCGCAUGUGUCCGCCCCCCGUCUUCAUGGCAGCCGUGACCCUCACCCAGAUCAUCGUGUUCCUCUGCUACGGGGCGCGGCUGAACAAGUGGGUGCUGCAGACCUACCACCCCGAGUACAUGAAGAGCCCCUUGGUCUACCACCCUGGGCACCGGGCGCGCGCCUGGCGCUUCCUCACCUACAUGUUCAUGCACGUGGGGCUGGAGCAGUUGGGGUUCAACGCCCUCCUGCAGCUGAUGAUCGGGGUGCCCCUGGAGAUGGUGCACGGCAUCUUGCGCAUCAGC